CUUCGACGUUCCUACCAUAUUUAGACUGCUAUCUUAUUGUCACAAUCAGACUGGCACAGUGCCCAUGGGGAACUUUACACCGAGUAUUUGCGGCGCGUCUAUCACCAUAGCAAAGACAAUAGCCGCAGCGCGAUAAUCGACUUUGGUUGACUCACAAGUCCAGUGCAGGAAGCAUGACUUUCUCGAACAGUCUGACCGAGGCCUUUUGUCUGCCUCGAUCUGUUCCCAGCGCCAACUUCUCUCAAUAAAUAUGAGGCGGAGGACAAUCUGAUCAACGUCUCGCUUUACGACCCCCCAGCUGACUGGAGCAGCUGUUGCUUAUUAUUUUUACGGUACGACUCGUCAAGACGGUAUGACUAGCACUCGCACCCGCACCACCCGUCCACCCCUUGCACCAUUGGACCUUUCAACGCUAAGACUACAAGCCCCCUUUAUGAAGUAUUGCCAAUCUCCGACAACCGUACCAAUAAACUCAGUUGUCGAAUGCUUCCUCAGUCCCGACUCACCUUUGGACAGCCGUUCUCGGCGCGUCUAUACAUCCAUGUACCGCACACCCCUCACGCACCACCGCGCACUCCCACUUAGACGACCAACGCAAUGCCGGAGUGCUGAACAGGACGAUAUCGACGAGAUAAUGCGCUUCCUGAGGCGAGUCUCGCAAUGUAUGAUGCAUGUGUACCAGGUGAUCUCGGCGGCUGCAACAUCGGUCUUUCAUGCAACGAUUGCCACCGUCCAAUGGCUUGCUGUCGUUGCUUUUGUAAUCGAGGUGACGAUGUUGAUGAGUUACCCUUCCGUGCGGGGCGACUAUGGAAGUGGCUUCAUACGCCCAAUGGUCGAGCAGUUCACGUCAACGGCUACUGCAACUAGUCAUAUGGAGACCACUACCACACUACAUCCCCGCGCUAGCGAAGCGGCGACUCUGAACUUCCUCUCUGAGCAAAUAGACCAGGCACACAAUUUAUUGACGUUGGUCGAGGGAUUAGGUGACGACGCGUUUUUUGCGUAUCAUCAUACCAAUGUGCAACGUUUUCUAAGCAGGUCCAGGGGCGACUCUCCCUUUGGGGGGAGCAAAACAGAAGUCAAUUCGACUGUCGACUUCAAGGGUCUUGAUUCCACUCUCAUCCCAAACCCUAUCUCUCAUGCCCUAGACGAGGUGAUAUAUCAUUCCAAGCGCAGUCAAACGGCAUUUCUUAUAAGAAGAGGUGCCGCUCGGGAAUCACGUCUAGAUAGCGUGUUCCUACUGGCAACUUCUAAUCUGCUUCUCGAAUACUCGUCCAUCUUAUCAAAAACGGAGGGCAUUAUGCCCGACUUGGAAGCUCUUCAUCACCAGCUAUCACGUAAUCUCCCAAAAGUUUGGGCGAGCAUGCAAAGUCGUGAAGCAGCUGCUCCCAGGCGCUCGAUAUGGGGCGUCUUUGCUGGUCAAAGACUAGAUCCCAGAGCUGUUGAAGAAGAGAGCGUACAGGCCUUCGUAGCGGGCUUGGAGGCUGUCAUUGCCAACCUGCGACAGCUCAAGGCUUACCUGGAAUGGAUCACAAACCAACUAAGUCAACGAACUCUCUUAUCAAGCGGCUCAAUGGUGUCAUCAUCUAGUGACCGUUCCUGUUCAUCUGCACUUAGAGAUCUGUUGGAUCGCGCAAGCAGAUCCUCGACGAAAUCCGGUCGUUGCUGCCGUUGCCCGGACUCUAAUGACUCUCCUACGGCUCCAGCAAGGGUGGAAUUAAAUAUCCCUGGCAGUCGCACACUGCAGACAGCGAGCUGAUUCAUUAGGUGACAUUAAGACUUCAAGACCAGGUAACCUUAGAUUAUAUGCUAAGUAUUCGGCGGUAUGAUACUAUUCGAUUAUUGGGGGUGGUCCGACAUUGUAUUUUGUGUUAUGCUUAUGAUAGAUAGGCUACAAGUGUAGUUAACAAUGGAUCGUGUUUCAUGCUAUUUUAAGGCUCUGUCAUGAGAUCAUCUGUGUCCGAAAUUGAAAUCCGCUGUCCUCAUCC